AUGAAUAAAGCAGAACUUUUUUUCAAUAUUAUUUUAGUUUAGAUGGUUUUUUCAUCAAUUGAAGUAUUGAAUGAUUAAGAAUAAUUGAGAAUUACGGAGAUUUAAAUCGAAGAAAAUUAAUUUGAAGAAAAUACUUGUAUUUAAAUAGGGUUAUUUUCUAAAUAUAAUCCUUUGGGCAAUAUUUUAUAAAUUGGAAGAGUUGGAAUUUUUGAUAGCAAUUGUUUCCACCUAUUUUCAAUAGCAGAUAAAUCUACAUCAAGUCUCAACCUUAUAUAUUAUGAUUGCAUUGAAUAUGAAUUAAAGCAAAUAAAAAAAACAGUAGAAUUCAUAAGUUAUGAUCAAUUUUAAAUAAGUAAAUUUGCCAAUAUUGAUAUAUAUAAAUAUGAGAAUACUUGGCAUUAUUUUUCAAUAUUGUAGUGUGCUGAUAAAUUAUAAAUAUAAAUUUUUGAAUUUGGAUAAUAAAUUUUACUUGAAUUAAUAACAAAUACAAAAUAUCCAUUUUUAAGCACUAAUAUUUUACUAACAUUUGGAGGAGGAUUGAUUGUAUCAAAUUCAUAAAUUGAUUCAAUUUAAAUAGGAAGAAAAUUUUCAUUUUUCCCAGGAAAAUUUUAUCUUAUUGAUUAUUAAAUAAUUUAAUUCAAUCCUAAUAUAAAUCUUUUAGAAUAUGCUUUUACAAACUUUUAAGAAACUUCAAUUUGUAAAUGCAUAUAAAAUUACCCUUAAACAAUAGAUGAUGUUGAUAUUAAAUGGCUAUAAUAGGAAAUAUUCACUAUCUCAUAUGUAAAUUGUGAUUCAUUUAUUUUUGCUGGUUGGUUUAGGAUAUAAGAAGUAUUUUAAUAAGACCAAGAAUUCACAUAUCAUUUUUUAAAAUUAAAACCUAAUUUUGAGAAUUCAUAACUCUCUAACCAAAACUUAUCACCUUUACAAUUUUUUUAUAAAAUAUCACCGUUAAAAAAUUAAAUUGUGAUUACAACAUAUAAUUAUUCUUUUCCUAGUGUAAAUAUUGAUUUUUCUGAUAAUCCAUUUCUUAUCACUAGAAUCUUUGAUAUAAAUAAUAAUAUCAAAUUAUGGCAUAAUAUAUUUGUUCAACUGUCUUAAUAAUAAAUAAGUGUAAAAUUAAAUUUCUUUGAGUAAAAUGAUAUAUAUCCAUAUGAGAUAUAUUUAGAUGUGUACUAAUUUUCAAAUGUUCAAUUUAAAUUAUACUAUGGGAAUUUAUAUUAAAACUCUAAAAAUUACCUAAAUAUAUAAAUAAGUAAUCUAGUAUUUUUGAACUGUAAUAAUUAAUUUUAACAAUAAAAUUGUCAUUUUAGUUGUGAAACUUGUGAUGGACCAACAAGAACAGAUUGUUUAAGUUGUUCUGAAUCAUCCAAAAGAUUAUAUAUAUCAGCAUUCAAAUCAUGCAUUUGUCCAUAUGGUAUGAUAGAUAAGAAUUUUAAUUGUUUAUCUUAUUAAGAUUAUAAUUUUGAAAUAAAGUAGGAAUAGAAUUAAUAAUAACAAUGUUAGUUUGGUUACUUUGAAUUGGAUUAAAAAUGUAUUAAAUGGUAAUGAAUUUAAAUAUUUAGCCCGUCAAUAAUAAAUGAAAAAUAAUUCACAUGUUUAGAAUGUUUACAUAAUCCUACUUCUUGGUAUUAAAUAUCAGCUUGUUCAACCAUCUUAAAAUUACAUAUUCGCAAUACAGCUAAAACCUUAAGACAACAAAAAAUAUACUAUAAAUAUGAUGGUGAUAGUUUAUAAGCCUGUUUAUAUUGUAAUUAAAAUAGUUUACAUGUUGAAGAAGAAUAAUAUGAAGAAUUAAAAUUAUUAGAUAAUGUAUUUAUUUCAUUUUGUUGGAAAAGUUUUAGUUCAUAAAUAUAACAAUAUAAUUGUUAUGAAUGUCCUUUUUAUUAUUGUUUAGUAUGUUAAAUGCUUGAAACAGGGGCAGUUUGUUUAAUAUGUGAAUCUCCAUUUUACUUAGAAAAUGGAAUCUGUACAUCUAUGCCACCAAACACUUUAUAAUUAAACGAGUGCCUCUCUCCUUAUUAUAUUACAUCAAAUAAGGAGUGCAAAUAUUGUCCUAUAGAUAAGUGUAAAUAUUGCUUUGAAUUCUAUAGUGAUGAUUUAUCAAAAUGCACUUUAUUUAAGGAUUUUGAUAUAUUUCUUUUAAAUGAACAGCUUAAAAUAGGAUGUGCUUUGUGUGAAGAUGGUUAUAUUUUCAACUUUUUAACUAAUUUAUGUGAGUAUUCAAAACCAAAAGCAAAAAAUUGUUUAAAAGCAUUUAUUCAUGAAAAUAGUAAUGAAAUAUGUAUUCUAUCUUCAAAUGAUGAUUUUUCUGUUGCACCUGAAAUAGUUAAUUGUGAAAAAUACAUUUAAAAUUGCUUAUAAUGUAUCUUGACCAAAUAUUUCGUAAUUAAAUGCACCAUAUGUAAGAGUGGAUACACAACCACUUCCUUAGGAGGAUUUUGUAAAUAAAGUCUACUAUAAAAUUCUAAGAUAAGUGUAGAAGGAGAUAUAUCAAAGUAAGAUGGUUGGGUUUAAUUAAUUCAAAGUUUUAUGAUGAGCUUUCUUCCUAAUUAAUACUAUUACAGUUUUGGAUCUACAUGGUAAAUAUAAGAAAUGGCUAUUCAAUGUUUAGAUGGGUAUGCAAGAAAUCCUCAUGGUCGUUGUCUUAAAUAUUGUGAUCUAAAUUGUGAAUCAUGUAAAUUUGAAUAUACUGACAUAUAAGGAGAGAGAUUUGAAUGCCAAAUAUGUCCCUUAAACUAUUAUCAAUAACCUAUAAAAGUUCAGAUUAAAGGUAAAUGUGUUAAAUGCACUUAAUUAUGUUAAGUAUGCUCUUAUAGAUCAAAUGAGGAGAUUUAAGUAAAUUAAUUUAUUUAUAAAUAGAUAAUUAAUCCUAAUUUUAUUGUUAAUGAUCAAAAUGAAAUUUAUCUAAUGAAAUGUAAUAAAUAAAUUUUAGAUCCUAAAAUUCAAUUGGAUCCUUAUUUAAAUAUAGCCAAAUAUUGUUUUGAUGGUAUUUGCAGUGGUCAACUAUCUAUAGAAAUUGGUUCUAUAUUUUGUUGGUUAUGCACAUGGGCAAUAUAUGAGAAUUAAAUUAUUAAUUAUGAAUAUUGUAAUGAAAUGGGAGUAACAACUAUUAAUAUUAUAAGAUAAUACGAAUAAUUUAAUUAGGAAUAAUAUGAUUAUGCGAAUUAUUUUAUUGAUAUGACAUCUCAUUUAAAAGAAAAUAUAUUUUCUUUAUAAUAUCUUACUCUUUAGUUAAUAGGUUUUGAUAAUAAAAAAAUGAUUUUUAGUAAGGAUAUGUAUCCUUUUAUUUAUAAUUUUGAUUCAGUAGAAUUUCAUAAUUUAGUAUUUUACUUAAUUAAUUCAGAUGUUUUAGGAAUUUUUAAUUAUAACUAAAAGGUAAAUUUAUUAUUUAAAAAUUGUAUAAUAAAUUCAAGUUAAAUUAUAAAUACAGUUUCAAUAUUUUAAUCAAGGAAAUAUGGUGAAUUAAACUUUGAAAAUGUUUCUUUAACAAAUUUAAAUUUUAUUAAUUCUUCCUUUUUAACACUUUUAUCUUAAAAUGAUAUUUAAACAAUAAAAAUAAAAUCUUUUUACUUGAAGAAUUGCUCAUUUAUAAACUCUAAUCUAUUUUAAUUCGAACUUAGUAAAUUUACUAUAUUAAUUGAAGAUAUUAAUAUAGAUGAAUGCCAAUUUAAAAAUUCAUCUAUAUUUAUCUUUAUUUCUAAUUUAAUUAUUGAUAAAUUGAUACUAUUUAAUUAGAUAAUUGUUAAACAUACUGAAUUUUAUUAGUCAUCAAUAAUAAAUAGUACAGAUGAUAGUUCACUUAGAAUAUUGUAUUUGAAUAUGUAAUUAAAUACUAUUUUAGAAUCUAAAGCAAUUAUACAUAUGAAUAAUUUUUCUAUUUUUUAUGUUGAAGUCAUAUCAAAUAAGUUUAUUAAAUCUAAAUUAAUUGUAAUAGAAGUUAUUCCAUCCUCAUUAUGCGAAUUUAACUAUAUUUUGGCUUAAAGAAAUCAUUUCAAAUAAUCAAACUUUUUGAAACUAUCUUCAAAUUCUGAAUUUAAUGAUUUAAGUGUAUAAUUAAAUAAUAUUUAUUUUGAAGAAAUUAAUGAGGUAAAUAACUCAUUUGGUUAAAGUUUAUUAAUAAAAAUUUCUUGUUUUAAAUUAUUAAUAUCAGAUUUUAAAAUUAUUAAUUCAAAUAGUUUAUAAGUUUUAUAAUUUACUAAUGUUUAAGAGAUAAUAAUUUCAAAUUUAAUUUAUCAUAAUGAUCAGAUAUUAAGCAAAAUUCCAAUAUCUUUAGAUUGUGUUAAUUAAUUUAAUUUUUAACAUCAAUUAUUAGAAACAAUUGAUUGCAAAUUUAUAAAGAUUGUUAAUGCAAGAAUCAAUAAUUAAUAAAGCUCCGAUUUGGCAUUACUUUCCUUUAUAUCUAAUAAAUAAGAUUCAAAUAUAACACAAGAGAGAAUUGAUCUUGAAAAUUUUUAAAUUAUUGGAAAUUUACUUUCCAAACAAUCUUUAACAAACUUUUUAUCUAUAAUUACUAUUUACUCAGAAAAUUCAUAAUAAAUUAUAUUAAAAGAUUUUACUUUUGAAUCUAAUAUUUUUCAUUAACAUAUUGAUGAUCCAUCUGAAACAUUUGCUAGUUUAAUUUAUAUUUAUUCAUCAAAAAGUGAAGUAGUAAUUAUUAAUUUAUUUUCUUCAAAUAAUGCUUUAACUAAUUCUUCUUCUUCAUUUAUAUCAAUAAAUUCAAAAAUUGUCAAAUUUAUUAAUUAUACUGUUUUUAAUCAUAAUAUUUUAAAUUAAACUUUAUGGAGUAAAUAUUAUGAAAUUUAAUUUGAGUUUAAUGAAGAAUAGAGUUAAAUUAAUUCAAUAAUUUAAUAGACAUUUAAAUUUCAUAAUAAAGGAGGGGCAUGCUUAAUUGCUACAUCUUCAUUUAGUUGUUUGAAUAGUAGCUUUACAAAUAUCCUCUCUUAAAGAAGUUCUCUAUUUGAAGUUAAAACUUAAGGAUAAGGAAAUAUUAUCUUAGAAAAUAUAAACAUAAAUUCACUUAACUAUGAUUUGUUAUCUAUGGUUGAUUAUUCAGGAUCAAUUUACAUUUACUCUGUUAAUAGUCUUUUAGAUCUUCGAAUAAAUAAGAUUAAUUUUUAAAAUAUAUUUAAUAGAAGAAGUUCCUCAAUAUUUACAAUAUACCCAUCUUAAAAAUAAAAUUAUAUAAGCAUAUCUAACAUUUAAAUAAUAAAUUGUAUAUCGUUAAUAAACCCAAUUGCUAAAAUUGAAUUUAUGUUAGAUAAUUCAUAUUAAAAUAAACUAUUUAUAUAAAAUGUAACUAUUUUGUAAAAUAAAGAUAUGUGGAUUGAUUAUAUUUAGAGAAUAGGAUUAUUAAGUCUUUCAGAGAUAUCGGAAAUUGUUACUGAAAAUUCUUUGAUCUAUGUCAAAGGUGGAGAUUUAGAAAUAAAAAAUUUUUAAGUUGAAGGAAUUUUUAUAACUUAAUUAUUAUCUAUACAUAGUCCAACUAAAUUAUUAAUUUAAAAUAUGUAAAUAAAUUAAAUUCUAACAUUUUAUCCUUUAAAUUUAAUAGAAAUAAACUUAUCACAAGAUAUAAAAUCAAAAAUAUAUUUUCAUACUAUAAAUUUUGAAAAAUUCAAAAUAUAUUAAAUUAUGAACAAUAAUAUUAAGCAUUAAUUAAAAAAUAUAAAUUAUACAAUAAAAGGAUGUUUUAUUAUUAAAUAAAAUUAAAUUUUUGAUGAUUCUUUUAAAUAAGAUUUAUCUUUUGAUAAUUUAAUAAGUAAAUUAUAGCUAAAUGCAUAAUAAUCAGGAUCCUUAAUUUACUUGAAAAGUACUUCAAGUAUGGCUUAUAUAUAUUUUACAUUUAUUGAACUUUUGAAUAAUAUUUGCAAUUAGUUUUUAUAAGGUCUAAUAAAUGUGUAGAUAGAAAAUAAUUAUAAAGUAUUUAUUUCAGAAUUACAUUGUAUUGGUAAUUACGUUGAAAAAUUUGGUUGUUUAAAUUUAGAAUCAGAAACAAAUUUAUCAUCAAAUAUUAUUUCAAUUAGUUAAUCAAUCUUUCUAAAUAAUAAUGGUACUUAAGGUGUUGCUAUUAAAUCAUCAAAGGUAAAACUAAAUUUAUAGUAAUGUUUAAUCAUGUACAAUAAUGCAAAUUAAACUGGAGGUGGAUUAUAUUUGGAAUUAAGUACCAAGGAUUUUAAAUUGAAAUAGGUUUCAAUUCUACAUAACAUGGCUAAAGAGGGAGGAGGUAUAUAUUUUGUUGGAAAUUCGAAUUUGAAUUCAUUAAAUUUUAUAUAAUCCUCUGUACAUUUCAACAGAGCUAUUUAAUUAGCAAAUAAUAUUGUUGAAUCUCCAACUCAUUUAGUGUUAUCAAUAAACUCUUUAGAAUUAAUUUCUACUUCAUAUAUUAUUAAUGAUACUUAAAUAAAUAGUUUGUUACUUAAACCUUAUACAAUUCUUUAACAAGGAAAACUAAUUUUAACUACAUAUUUAUUAAUACCCAGUAAUUAAUAAGUUACUAAAUUUUCAAUUUAUAAUCCUAGAACAUAGACUUACUAAUCAUAUAUUCAAAAUAUAUAGAUUUUAUUAAAAAAUAGUUAAAAUGAAAUGCUACCAUUUAUUCAAGAUUGCUCUUGUUAAAUAGAAGAAACUUUAUUUUUUUAUAAUUAAACUUUUAUUUAAGGACCCUUGAUAGCAAAAAAUUAAUAAUUAAGCCCAGAAUUAAAUUCUUUGGAUCUCAGUUCUUUAUAAUUUGAAUUCAAUCCGUAUGAAGAAGAAUAUUCUCAUUUUUAGAUAAAUAUUAACUGUUUAUUAGAAUAAUCUUCUAAAAAGCUCUAAUACUUUUUAUAAGCAAAAUCUUUAAAGUGUUAAUUAGGAGAAUUUAAGGUUGAUAAUGGUUGUUAAAAAUGUUAAUCAAGUCAAGGGUAUUAUUCUGUUACAUAUAAUGCAACAAAAUGUUCAAUAUUUGACCAAAAAAAAUUUUAGAAUAUAACUUCAAAUAGUUUAUAAUUGUUAGAAGGAUAUUGGAGACCUAAUUAUUUAUCUGAUUAAACAGAAUAUUGUUUUAAGAACCAAUAAUAUUGUAAGGGAGGAUGGGAUGUUGGAGAUAAUCUUUGCUUUUUAGGACAUGUUGGAGGUUUGUGUGAGGAAUGUGAUAAAUAUAAUAUAUAAGGACAAGGAUAUUAUUUUAAAGAUGAAUAAAGUUUAACUUGUUUAAAGUGUUUCUAAUUUAAAGAUAGUAUUUUACCAUUUAUUCUAACUUCUAUUUGGUAUUUAUUAUAUUUAAUUUAGGGCUUUAUUAUCCAUUCUUAUGACAUUAAAGAGUAUUGAUAAAACAAAUAUAUUAUUUACUUAACUUAAAAUUAGAUAAAAAUUUAAUAAAAUUAUUUUCAAACUUGAUCAAGGUAAAUUUUGAUUAUAUAAAUUAUAGAUCAUGAAAGUAUUUUAUUAAAAAUGUUACUAAAUUACUUUUGGACUUUUUCAGUAAUUUUCUCUUUUAAUAUAAAAUUCACUUUUGCUCUUAGCUUUAUAUAUCAAGCAAGCAAUCCAUCAUAUUUUAUGGCUAAUAAUUUAGAUUGUUAUUUAUCUUAAAUUUCAGAGAUAGAAUUAAUAUAUUCUAGAAUAAUAGCAAUGAUAAUAUUGAUGAUCUUUUAAUUAUUGAUCAUUUUAAUAGGAUUCACUAUAUAUGCUUUAGUUUUUAAUAGAACUUUUAAUAGAAGUAUGAUAUCAGCAACUGGUUUAUAUCUAUAUGUUUCAAAUUAUGCUGCAAUAAUAAAAUAGUAUAUUAUUGAAUUAUUAUUAGAUUUUGUUCGAUUUUAUCAAGUAGACAAAUAUCAAAUAUUAAUUAUAUAUAAGGGGAUGUUUCCUUGGUUUUUGGAUAUUAAAAUCAUUAUAAAUGGAUAUAUACUUUUGUAGUUCCAGGACUGGGUUUUUUUGGGUGUUGUAUACCUUUUUCAUUAUUUUUUUUGAUGUAUAUAAAGAAGGAAGAAUUAGAUAAUAUUAAACUCAGAAGACAUAUUUGCUAUUUAUUUAAUGAAUAUAACCCUAAUAAAUAUUUUUGGGAAUAAAUAAAAUUAACAAAGAAAACUAUUAUAAUUAUAAUUAUGACAUAUUUUGAAAUUAAUAUUCUCUUAAAGGCAUCACUUUUAGGAUUGUGCUUAUUAUUUUAUUAAUUAUUAGCAGUUAAAAAUAAACCAUAUAUUAUAUAAAGUUUAAAUAAUUUAGAUUUGUAGACAGGAUAAAUUUGUUCAAUUGCUAUUUUUAUGGCUUCUGCUCAAUAUGUAUGUGAUUAAUAAGAAUAAGUUUUUUAUUCUAUUCUACUUCAAAUAUUGAUUAUGUUACUAUGCAUAAAACUAUGUUUUCCAUUUGUUUUCGAUAUUGUUAGAGUUUACAUAAGGAAAUAUAGAGUUUUAUGUGUAUCAUUACUAUUAAAGUUGUUUUAAUGUAUUAAAGCUGAUUUCUGUUUUACUAGAUACUUAAGUUAAUACAAAAAAUAAUUGAUAAUAAAAGAUAAAAGGUUAAAAUUACGUUUUUAUAAAUUGAAGUAAUUUUUACUUUCAAUUUCAAAAGCAUAAAUAAAAUAAUAAAAGUAAAUUCUUAAUUAUUUUAGGUAUAUAACUACUUUAAUGAGUUCUCAAUCAUCUGUUAGAGUUAAAUUGAAUAAUUCUGAAUUGGAUUCAAGAAAACCUUUGAAAAUUGAAUUAGAGAGAUUAUUUGAAACAAAUAAUUGA